CUCCAAGUGCGCGUCCGCAACUGCCUGCCUGAGCUCCAAUUCGGACAGCAUGCAAGCCGCGGCCUCGGGGAGCUUGCCAAAUCCACCAGAACAUUCGCAUCGUUUGACAAAGACAACGCAAAGAUGGAAGUUUUACUUGGCAUCACGGGCAAGGACUUCACGUUGAUCGCGGCGUCGAAGGCCGCCAUGCGGGGCGCCACGAUCCUCAAGGCCUCCGACGACAAGACGAGGCAGCUGAACAAGCACACGCUGAUGGCUUUCUCUGGGGAGGCUGGCGACACAGUGCAGUUUGCCGAAUACAUCCAAGCCAACGCCCAGCUCUACUCGAUGCGCAAUGAGACCGAUCUGUCGCCUUCAGCGCUGGCGCACUUCGUCCGCGGGGAGCUCGCAUCGAGUCUGCGGUCGCGGAAACCUUACAACGUCAACCUGCUCCUCGGCGGCGUCGACCCCAUCACCCACAAGCCCAGCCUGUACUGGUUGGACUACCUUGCUGCCUUGGCCCCAGUGCCGUACGCCGCCCACGGCUAUGCUCAAUACUACUGCCUUUCUAUCCUCGACAAACAUCACCACCCCGACAUCACCCUUGUACAGGGCAUGAAGAUCCUCACCCUCUGCACAGACGAAUUGAAGAGAAGGUUACCGAUAGACUUCAAGGGAAUGGUGGUCAAGGCAGUGACGAAGGAUGGAAUCAUAGACAUGGGUUUCGACGACGACAAGGUGGUGAAGAGUGCUUAAUCUUUGGAGCAGGCGCGGAGUCUCGUCAAGGGGGCAAAUGCGCGCAUCAACGGCGACAACUGAGUUUCUUUUCGGUGUUAGCUGCUCGAUUAGGCUCAGUAAUACUCUUCCCAGGCGUACGUUGUUUCCCCAGUUUCAGCCGCUGUAUGCUUACACCAGCGAUCAAACCUGGCUGUAUCACAGGAGUGUGCCUGAAGGAGCGCCAGUGUCCCGAGCUGUUGGUAGGUAACAGAUAGGGGGCGCACUCGACAUCCAUAGUAGCAGCCAUCCAAGCCUGACGGUACAUGUAGCAUGUGGUAGAGCAAUGCAGGUUAACAACCAGAUCUCCAAAUCGUCGAUGGCUGCCGGCUCUUGCGGGCGGUGAAGGUCUGCC